GGCGGCGGCGGCGGGAUGGCCCGGGCCCGCGGCCAGGCCCUGGGGAGCGGCGGUCGGCGGCGCCCGCGGCGGGGCGGCGCGGGAACCGGGGCCCGGGGGGAGUCGGCCGGGCUGCUGCUGCUGCUGCUCCAGGUGCUGCCGCCUGGGGCUGCGGCGGGACCGGGGCGCCGGGGCACGCGGGGCGCUGGUGGCGGCGGCGUCUGCUGGCCCGGCGCUGUCCCUGCCUUUCCCCGGGACGCGCGACUGCUGCUGCUCCUUCCUCCACUGCCGCCGCCGAGCUCCGCGCCCGCAGCCUCCGCCUCCCGGAUGGACGCUCUGCCCCGCAGCGGGCUGAACCUGAAGGAAGAGCCGCUGCUGCCUGCCGGCCUGGGCUCGGUGCGCUCCUGGAUGCAGGGCGCGGGCAUCCUGGACGCCAGCACCGCGGCGCAGAGUGGCGUGGGCCUGGCACGAGCACAUUUCGAGAAGCAGCCUCCCUCCAACCUCAGGAAAUCCAACUUCUUCCACUUCGUGCUGGCCAUGUAUGACCGGCAGGGGCAGCCCGUGGAGGUGGAGCGCACGGCCUUCAUCAACUUCGUGGAGAAGGACCUAGAACCUGGGGCAGAAAAGACGAACAACGGGAUCCAUUACCGCCUCCGGCUGGUGUAUAACAAUGGACUUCGGACGGAGCAGGACCUCUAUGUGCGCCUCAUUGACUCCAUGUCCAAGCAGGCCAUCAUCUAUGAGGGUCAGGACAAGAACCCUGAAAUGUGCCGAGUGCUACUCACCCAUGAGAUCAUGUGCAGCCGGUGCUGUGACCGGAAGAGCUGUGGUAACCGGAAUGAGACGCCCUCAGACCCCGUCAUUAUUGACAGGUUCUUCCUCAAGUUCUUCCUCAAAUGCAACCAGAACUGCCUGAAGAACGCAGGGAAUCCCCGGGACAUGCGCCGCUUCCAGGUGGUGGUGUCCACGACCGUGAGCGUGGACGGACACGUGCUGGCUGUGUCUGACAACAUGUUUGUGCACAACAACUCUAAGCACGGCCGCAGGGCACGCCGCCUGGACCCUUCCGAAGCUGCCACCCCCUGCAUAAAGGCCAUCAGCCCUGGAGAGGGCUGGACCACGGGCGGCGCCACCGUCAUUGUCAUCGGGGACAACUUCUUCCACGGGUUGCAGGUCGUGUUCGGGAACGUGCUGGUGUGGAGCGAGCUCAUCACGCCCCACGCCAUUCGGGUACAGACGCCUCCGAGGCACAUUCCCGGGGUGGUGGAGGUGACCCUGUCCUACAAGUCCAAGCAGUUUUGCAAGGGAGCCCCCGGCCGCUUUGUCUACACAGCCCUGAAUGAACCCACCAUUGACUACGGAUUCCAGAGGCUACAAAAAGUUAUUCCCAGACACCCCGGAGAUCCCGAGAGGCUGCCCAAGGAAGUGCUGUUGAAGCGGGCGGCGGACUUGGCGGAGGCCCUGUACGGAGUGCCCAGCAGUAACCAGGAGCUCCUGCUGAAGCGCGCGGCGGACGUCGCCGAGGCUCUGUACAGCGCCCCCCGCGCGCCCGCGCCACUCGGGCCCCUGGCGCCCAGCCACCCGCACCCCGCCGUUGUGGGCAUCAACGCCUUCAGCAGCCCCCUGGCCGUCGCAGUCGGGGAAGCCACGCCGGGACCGGAGCCGGGCUAUGCCCGCAGCUGCAGCAGCGCGUCCCCGCGCGGGUUCGCGCCCAGCCCAGGCUCACAGCAGAGCAGCUACGGCAGCGGCCUCGGAGCGGGCCUCGGCGGCUACGGGACUUCCGGAGUGGCUGGCCUCGGUGUGCCCGGCUCCCCUAGCUUCCUCAAUGGCUCCACGGCCACCUCACCCUUCGCCAGAUUUUGGGAGGAGGAUGGCUCCCCCUGCCGGAAGCCUGAAGGAACUCAGGGCUCAAGAUAAGUGGGCUUCCACCGGGCCCCACAGUCCGCUGUAGCAUUGUUCUGAUAGGCUGGGGUGGAAGCAGGGAAGACGUGGCUCCCUGCCAUGGGACCAGGUAGAGCGAGCGAAUUCUGUGUGGUCAGACAGCUGGAUUUAGUUUGAGUGUUCAAAUCAGGAGCUGUCUGUCAUUUGGCAUGUUAUUCACCUUAAACAUCAGUUUCUUCAGUGUAAAAUGGAAUCACUGUCACCCCCUGCCUAGGAUUGUUCUUAGAUCUGAACAUGUUACUGGGCACUAAUCAUCCUCUGUCUGGCUUCUGGGAAUGGGGCAGUUCAAAGCUAGGUGGAUGGACAACAGGACAUUUAUGCUUUUGCCAUUCGCACUGACCUCAAGUCCCUCUUUCCAACACCAAGUUCCAGAAGAGCUUGUUUUCAGUUCCUUAUAGCUCAGCUAUUCAGCAGACAUUUAUAAAGCACCUACUGGGUGCAAAGUAUCUCCCUGCCAAUUGUAAGAGAGUCUGUACCUCAAGUCCUGGGAGAUGCUGCUGAGCCAGAAGGCUGCCCAAAGAGAAGCUGGUUGUGGCUUUCCCUUCGGUUUCCUCACCUGUUCCCUGUCUUAUGUUUGCUACUGCUGAGGAUCCAAAUCUCUGGCCACCUGCCUAGCCUUGCUUGCCAGGGUCCUGCAUCCUGGGCACUGCUCUUUCUGGCUGUGGGUUUGAGUCUGCCACUCUCCUCCCUUCCUGGACUCAAUUUCUGGAACCGAAGGUCCCGUAUUCCACUAUCCACACAGGCCACAGCCCUCUGGAAUCCCUCCCAAGACCUCUGUCUCUCCUGGCCAUUCGUUCAGGCCAGUAUGCACUGCUCUCCCUUCUCUUCAGUUCUGGGACAGUACUCAUAAAACCUCUCUCUGGGUGCCCCUUGGAUUUGAAGCUGGUGGAAUCUGUACCUGCAACCUCCCUCCCCCACUAUACACACAGUGCUGUUGGUGGUGGAGAAACACACGGCCCCAGGGGGCAGAAGCCAGGCCACCUGGGGUCUCCCUAUUCAUCCAGAGGAUCAAGAAUUCUACAGUUGCUUAUGCCCCACCUCCAGCAUCAGCUGGAGACACCGUGGACUUGCCCAAGGUCCAGUACCAUCUCUUAACACUGUCUUAACUAGUGCUUGCCCAGGUCCCAUCCACUCCUCUUGGGCAGAACACUUUGUGGUACAGUUUCAGGGGCUGUCAUUUUCAAUGAGUGCACCAGGACGUGCCUAGAAUGACACCCAGAACUGUCCCAGACAAAGGGUCUGGGGCUGUUUAGGCUGCCCCUUGGUCUUCUCUACUUUGGCCACCAGCAGCCCUGGACUGACCCACACCUCCCAGUUAUACCCAAGCUACACAACAUGGCUGUGAGCCCCUGGCCUUGAGGGAGAGAGUAAAUUUUUCUCAAGCCCUCCAUGGAGCACUUGGCCUCAUCAGCUGGCAGUGAGCAUUGUCUUAAAGGAGAUGACCAUCCAUGAGCUGAGGAUGUUUGGAACGGGGGCAGGGGGAGGGACACUGUAUUGAUGUGGGGGGGGGGGCAGUGCUUUGAUGCCAAAGGCAGCGAGCCUUCUCAGGCUAUUGGUUUCUUCUUCCAGAAAGCCCAGCCCCCACCCCAUAGCCAGCCGUUUGAACAACACUGAAAUCACAGCCUGAUUGAUCUUUAGGAAACGCAAGGAAUUGGGUUCAGAUGAGGAUAGAGAAAGAGGGAUUUGGACAUGCCCUGGGCAGGAUCCCAGGAGAGGAGGCCAGGGGGUUGGAAGGCAGGAAAAUCUAAAAAUGUGGAUCCUUACACCUCUCUUUAAAAUUGACCAGUUGGAAGAGGGUGAUGCAGGCCCCAGGCUGGAGGUGAGUAGGACCUGUCUUAAGCUGGCAGAGCACAAAGUGCUGGGGUGAGGGACCAUUGGUAAGGGGGACGUAUUUGUGGAGGAAGUCAAAGUGCUUGCUGUGAGCUCUGACCCUGCACGGAGAGGCUUUGUAACAGGAGCCUUCACAUGCCCCCGAGCUUCAUCCCUGCCUACUUGCCCCAUCUCUGCUAUGAACCUCGAUCUUUAGCUCUAUCUUUGGUACUCCGGGCCCAUAAACGUUUCCCAGCACCUCAGACUCCCAGUGGUUUUCAGCAGGAAUCCUAACUUGCUCUGUCUCUUGCUCAUC